AUGGCGGCGGUGGCGGCGGGCUGGCUGCCGCCGUGGCGGGCGCUGGCCGCGCUAGGCCGGGAGCUGGCGGCCGAGUGGGCGGCGCAGGACGUGCGGGCCGCGCUGUGCCAGCUGCUGUUGCUCUGGCUGGGCAUCAGCCUGCUGGGCGUCCGCCUGGCCUGGCGCGCCUACGGCGGGGCGGUGGCCGCGCUCUGCUACCGCACCGGCCCCUCCGGCCGCCGCUCCCCCGGCACCGCUCCCGGGGCCUCGCCCUCCCGGCCCCGCGCGCACUCCCUGUCCCCCGCCGGCCCGGCGGGACGCAACGGCGCCGCCGAGCGGCACUGCCCGCCCCGGGAUGGCCCCGCGACAGAGCCCAUGAAGACACACAGGGAGUGAGCAGCACCAGGACCGCCAGCUGGGUAUUGCCAACACCAUUAAAGUGCUGUGCCCAUC